AUGGACCGGCUCUUGAGCCUCCUUCCAAGGACGGCUCCUCUACAGAUACAGGUCCCUGACAUCGCGACCACCGAGAUCGAGCCUCCCCGACCGGAAGAUAUCGCUAUACAAAAGGCUCUUGAUGAGGUCCUUGAGUAUCAUAGAGUUCACCGGCCUAAGAUUACAACGAAAAACUAUGAGCCAAAGCAGAAGGAGUGGAAGGCCUGGUGCAAAAAGAUGGGCUUCAAGGAAGGCGGCAGAUAUCUUCCAGGAGACUAUGUUGACGAAGGGAAGCUCCUCCUCUUUAUUAAAGAGGAAGUUGCCAGCCACCCUCCACGCCGCGGACAGAGGCUCAAGGCAGAGAGGAAGCGCAAGAGAACAGAAGCAGUAGAAGUACUGUCAGAAGGGCCUCCCUCUAAGCGGAAGAGAGAGAAGAUCAGUGUUCCCUCUAUGGCGUUUGAAGAGCUACCUAUUGAGAGAGAUGAUGACGAGGUUUGCUCUGAACUUGUCCUGAUGUACAAUACUGUACGAAGCUAUUGCUCUGCUAUUAAUGAGCUCUGGGCACAUCAGACCUCAUUAGGCCUCCAUAAUGCAGCGCGACCACAGAGGGUGGCUAUGACUGCUCUGAAGACAUCGAUUGCCCGAGGCCAGCACCAAAGCCGACGUGAUGAGUUUACGGACCGUGGGCUAGCUACUAUACGAGAUGGAUAUGUUGCUUCUCAGAUUCCUGAUCUUACAAGAAAGGUCUGGGCCCAGUGUCUAGGACAGAAUCAGAUUGAGCAACAGUUCCGUACACAGCUAUGCUUUCUUUUUGGCAACUCUAUGCUGCUAAGAUUAAGCAAUCGGCUGCCUAUGGAGCUGCCAGAUCUAUUCUCAAUGCCCCUGCCUAGUGAAGGGCCAAAAGGCAAAGGCUGGUGUCUUGUUACUGUGAUGGACCAGGGUAAAACAAACCAACAUGGCCGGCUUGAGUAUGGGGCAGCUCUGCGGCAUCGAGAUCAUCAGUCCUGUCUUAUAGGUGCUCUAGCAACCUAUUUCUUCUGGAGAUGGCACUGUUCUGGAGAGUCGUUCCCUUAUUUCCGGACCAGUCAAGACUGGUAUAGUAUUAAGGUCUCUGGGGCCAGACUUGCUGAGUUGAAUGGAGUCUCUGAAGAUCAGAUUCGCCGGGGCGGUCGCUGGAAUGCAGACCAGAUGACUGGUUGUUACUUGACUACUCUGCCUCGAUCCUUCAUGCGUGGUAUUGCAGAUUUUGACCCUGACUGGUCAUCAAGCUAUUACUUGUUUCGGGAGACUGUCUGCCCUCCACCAGCAUUAUUAAAGCGUGUGUGGCCAGACCUGGAUAGGUGGCAAGCAGCACAUUUAGAAAGGACAGAUGCAACUGAGAGAGUAGAGCCAAAUAUUGCUGCUGGUGGAUUUCUAGAACUAUUACAGAGGCUUAGAACUGUAUUCUUACAGGACUCUGUACUCUGGCGGACGGAGUUUCCUAGCCACCCGAUAUUCCGAGACCCUCUCUUUCAGAUGGCAGAAUAUAAGGCCUUUGAGUUAGAUAUUCAUAUGGCUGUUACAAUAGCCAUGGAAGAAGAUCCUCAUUCUAUCGCUAUUCAAAAGGCCAUCCCUGCUGUAAACGACCGGCUUCGUACAAUGACUGCAGCUAUUCAGACUGGCCAGGUUACUCAUUCACGAGCCCUUCGCUCAUUAGAGGACUUAAUGGUAAGCCGAAUAGAUCAACUAACAGCCACUAUCAAUGACUCUAUUGGUGGUACCUUCACCUGUCAAUUCGUGCCUAGAGGCCAGAUUGUUCCGCCCCCUGUCACAGGAGCAGCCUUUGGCCCUACAGCGCCUAUUCAACUUCCUGUGACGACGCUUGAGAAAGCUUCACAGGCACCGCAAUAUCAACUGUGGAAAGAGUGGACUGUCGGGCUCAAUGGCCAGCUUUCAAUUGAGAGGCUCGAUGAGCUCUAUGGCUCUGGCUGGCGCUCAGGGCCUGAGAGCUCUGCUGAACGCCAGUUCUAUUCUCGAAGGAAGACUCUCAUUAAUGAGAUUAGAAGACUGGCUACUGUUGAAGAUGCCUCUUUAGGGGAUCCCUGUCAAACAGUUGUAGCAAAGUUAGAGGAAGAGCGGAUACGGGCUGGUGCUUCACUAAGCAAGUUAAUAGAUGCUUUAAAAAGCAUUCUUGACUUGAUUGGUUGUCAGCGGAAGGAGACUCUACUAUCUUGUCAUACUCUCAUAACUUCUUCAUUUGUAGUGGCAAAUCAUAGUGGAGAGGAGCAAUUUGCAACUCUUCUUCCAGUCCUAGAAGACUAUGGGAUCAUACAGAAGCUUGGGGCUAUUGUCUGUGAUAAUCAUACUGCCAACAACAAGCUUUGUCGUAUAAUUUCCAAGCAUCUCAUGGAAGCAAAAGAGAUUAAAUGGGAUCCAACAUAUAGACGCAUCUUCUGUAUUGGUCAUGUCAUCAACUUGGCUGUGCAAGCUUUCCUCUUUCAAGAUGUGGUUGAGGCAGAGGAACUCAGCUCAUACGAUGAAGCAGAAGCAAAGGGAGAGGACGGAGAUGAUGCAGAUAAUAUACAGAUGCGAGCCAAAUUUCGAGCUUUAGGGCCACUUGGAAAGCUUCACAAUAUUCGCACAAAGGAGUUCAAAGAUUUUGCUGGGAGAUUGAUUCCACUUGACAAUCGUACCAGGUGGAAUAGCUGGUAUCAUAUGCUUCAUGUGGCUCUUCAGUAUGAGGGUGCUGUUGAUGUCUAUACAAAGAAGCAUUUUGAUACUCUUGAGGUAGACUAUCUAUCUCCUAUCGACUGGGAAAAACUUCGGACAACAAGCAAAUUCCUAGGUCUCUUUGAACAUGCAACUCUAAAAACUCAAGGAGAUCAAGCAACAAUUGACAAUGUGCUUUUUAUAAUGGAUGCUAUUAUUAAGCACUUUGAAAAUGCUAGAGUCGAGCAUGCAUCGGAUAAGGAAUUCUGUGCUCGGAUUCAAAAUGGCUGGGAUACCUUUGAUAAGUACUACAGCAAAUCAGAUGACUCGCCUCUUUAUGCUGCGGCACUUAUUCUUCAUCCAGCUCGUCGUACAAAGUAUAUUCAAGCAAAUUGGAGAAAGACUUGGCAAAAGCCCGCAAUCCAAAAGGUCAAAAAGCUGUGGGAAGAGUAUCGAGAGAAAGCACCUUUUCAUAUAGUUAUGCCAUUAUAUGAAAAGAAUACAACCCAAGAUCUUGAUGAACUAGAUCAAAUUCUUCAAGACUUAGGUAAUUUUGCUCGACCAGCUAGUCAGGAUGAAUUUGAAGAUUACAAUUCUGAAUCGCCAUAUCAGAUUCGCACAAGCGCUCUAACAUGGUGGUGUCAGGAUCAACAACAGAAGAGGUGGCCAAGGCUUUCAUAUAUGGCAAUUGAUAUUCUAUCAAUCCCAGCAAUGAGCGAUGAACCUGAGCCAGUCUUUUCAGGAGCGCGUCGUACAAUUACCUGGGAAAGAGCGCAGUUAUCAGCCGAAAAUAUUGAGAGAAUAGAAUGCCUAAAACACUGGCAAAAGAGUGGCAUUUCCAAGGAAAAACUUGAGGAAUAG